AUGGCUGCUAUGUACGAAACAGGCCACCACCUGUUCGAUGAAAUGCCUAUAACAAGUUCUGGGAAGAAGUUGGUUAUGGGGCAAGCAGAGAGUGCUGAGGAUCAGAGUGUCCGAGCGACCUCGAAUUCCACUUCAACGGGAAAUGCAGCCGAACCCUCGCUAGAUUCUCUAAUUGCUGAAGCUGCUGCAUAUGGAAAUGAGGCUAAUGACGAAUCUCUCGAAGCAAAGGCUCAAAAGGCAUUAGAAUGUCCCUGCAUUGAUCACUUGCGAAGUGGUCCGUGUGGUUCCCAGUUUUCUAAUGCUUUUGUCUGCUUUUUCAAGAGCACGGCUGAAGAAAAAGGGUCCGACUGUGUACACCCAUUCGUCGCUCUACAGAAUUGCAUCAAAGCAAAUCCUGGUGCAUUUUCGGAUGAUGUUUUGGAUGAUAACGAUGCCAAAGAGGAAAAACCGAGCCCACAAAAGAAAAUCCGGCCUCCCCUUUGGUCAUAA